AUGUCGGCCAAGAGGUCGCUUAUCCUCCACGGUGGCUCUCCGGGGCCCUGGGAAAGAACAGGGGGCGCCUCCCCAGAGGCCCCCAAGAGACUGAAUGUCACAGAAUUUUUUUUAAUCCUCUACAGGUGGAGAUUUUCAUUUUACCUUUAUGUAUUUACCUAUGGAGUCAGAUUCCUGAAAAAGACCCCCUGGUUGUGGAAUACGAGGCACUGCUGGUACAACUACCCCUAUCAGCCACUCACAACUGACCUUCACUACUAUUACAUCCUGGAGCUGUCAUUUUAUUGGUCUUUAAUGUUUUCGCAGUUCACUGAUAUUAAAAGAAAGGACUUCGGCAUUAUGUUCCUGCACCACCUUGUAUCUAUUUUCUUGAUUACCUUUUCAUAUGUCAACAAUAUGGCCCGAGUAGGAACCCUGGUCCUUUGUCUUCAUGAUUCGGCGGACGCUCUUCUGGAGGCUGCCAAAAUGGCAAAUUAUGCCAAGUUUCAGAAAAUGUGUGAUCUCCUGUUUCUUAUGUUUGCCAUGGUUUUUAUCACCACACGACUGGGUAUAUUUCCUCUCUGGGUGUUAAAUACCACAUUAUUUGAAAGCUGGGAGAUCGUUGGACCUUACCCUUCCUGGUGGGUUUUUAACCUACUGCUCUUGCUAGUACAAGGGUUGAACUGCUUCUGGUCUUACUUGAUUGUGAAAAUAGCUUGCAAAGCUGUUUCAAGAGGCAAGGCUGGGAAGUGGAACCCUUUACAUGUGUCCAAGGAUGAUCGAAGUGAUAUUGAGUCUAGCUCAGAUGAUGAGGACUCGGAACCUCCAGGGAAGAAUCCCCACACUGGGACAACCACCAAUGGCACCAGUGGCACCAACGGGUAUCUCCUGACUGGCUCCUGCUCCAUGGAUGAUUAAUUACUCAAAACUACAAGUCCCAAGAAAAGUGAACUAUUUGUUCCUGGAAGUAUUUAAUAAGUUGCAAAUGCAGUUCCUUUCAUAAUAUCUCAGCACCAGAAACAAAAAUUAAGAUUAUCAAAGCAUUUUGAAUAGUGCACUGCCAUGUGUCCUGUCUGUGAAUGAAGAAUUAUCAUUCUAUGUAGGCAUGCUGUAUGUAAUUGACACAGGGAACAGUAUUUGCAUUUGUACUGUCUUAGAAUAUUAUUUAUUUUUUGUAUUUGUAAAUCUGUGGACAAAAGAUGGUUUCCUCACUCCUUUUACUCACUGGGCUCAUGACAGUGAAGGAGAUGCUCCAUCUGCUUCUCCCCCCUUCUCUUGCUGUAGUCCAAUGUGCUAUGAGCAUCAGCUUACUUUGUCACUUAGAGCAAGGAAAACCCAGUGCAAGAUUCUCGUUCAGCUCUAAAUAGGUUUGCUUUGUGUUACAGUACCCAUUUUGAAAUUGCCUAUACAGUCUCAGUGACCAUUUAAACCGAACGAACUAGGUGUUUAAUUUUCACUCUUUAUGGUCGAUUAGCAGUUCAAAUUAAAGAAGAUGGUUAUUGGAGGACGUUUCUGAAUGGUUUUUAUAUUGCUUUGAAAUAGAUUUCAUUUCUUGUGCACACAGCCAAGAUUUCUUCAGUGGGUGUGAUAGCUAGUUGAGGGUUAACCUUGUAGGUUACAAUGUGUGUUUGUUUUUCUCUAAGUUGAGGUCAGUGCUCUGAUUCUGAAGGAGGAUUUUCUCUGAAGCUUAUAGUUAUAAACAAGGAAAUCACUGUUAAGAAUGGGAAUUUGUCCUGUGUUCUGGGAAUAACAUAAAGAGAGCAACUGAUUACAGCCAGGCUUGCCACUACUCUAUAAUUAGUGCAGUUUUCUGUCAUGUUAUAAAAGAAAGAAGCUAAGUAUAUUUGGGGACAAAAAAAUCUUUCAAGAGUUGAUAAAGAUUACCUCUCCAGUGCAAAGCACUUCAAUGCAACCAGCUUUCAAGAAAAAGCCCUAUCUAGUACUUGAUGUCGAUGUUUUUAUUUUGCUGAGCAAAAUAAAGCCAAUGGGAGAAAGUCUAUUUUACCCUUUGCUUUUCUCCUUAAACAUAAUGCAGAUGACUUUCCUGUUACUAGACACGGAGCAGCAUUACACUCUGAUGCUUCUUUGAAGACUUGUUUGGUUUCCAGGAGUUUUUUUCAAAUGGGGCUAUUUCUGGAAAAAUGAAAAAUUCUAUUGGACAAUGGCAAUAUCAACCAGGAAAAUUACUGAAGAAUAAGUUUCCAUAAGUCUCCUACACAGCAGCGUUAUUUAUAUACAGAUAAGAAAACCAUACAUAGGCCAAAGAUUUUAUCUCUUCUAACUUUUAGUAAGAGGAAAAAGGGAUUAUAAAUCCUUCAGAAAUCAAGAAGGCCAUCAACCUAAAACAGGAGUCCCAAACAAAAAAGCCUUUAUAUAAAUGUGUGAAUCAGGGUGCUGAAGACAACAGCAGAAAUACUAACAAGUGUGCAGAACUACCAGAGUGUGUAUAUCCUGCUUAGAAGCAUUCACAUUUGAUUCUUUGAAAAAAUUAAAGCUCUGUGCCCACAAUUUGCAGCCUGCGGGUUAAUAGUUAAAAGAAUGCUCCCAAACAAAAAAUUAUUACUGUAGUAUAUCUUAUCCCACUUAUUUACAAAAUAAUAUGUUUCUGUUAUGGUCCACAGUAAUAAUUGAAGAGGCUUAAAAAUCCGUCUGCUUGUUUAUUGAGAAAACGAUGCAAAUAAUUCUGCUUGUAGAGCGCAGAUAUUUUAUUUCACAACACAGACAUAUGUCUAGGAGUGUAAUUUGUGGGUGGCUGAGUUUGUAAAAACAAUCAUAGAAGUACUUGUCAUCAGAACAUCUGCUAAAAUGCAGGCAUAUAUAUAUAUAUAUAUAUAAAGUAGCUGAAAAUUUUGAGAAGGUGAAAGUUUGGUAAUUAAAACAUGAACGUAUUUAGCUUGCUUUAGUGUCUGGAGCAAGUCCUCUCAAUGGGUAAAAUUAACUUUAGGGAUCCACAGUCUUGAGGUUUAGAUUAUAUGACACUUGAGCACAGAAGAAUUUCAAAGAGAUCAGCUUAUAAAUGAAAGGUUUAGAAGAAUUGCACAAAAUGAAGUCAAUUGGAUCUGUCAUUACCAAAGACAAAUCUAAAUAAUCAUACCCGCCCCCGUGCCUCUCCCCACAAAGAAGUUCAGUAGAAGGAGAACUGGGACCACCUGGAGCCUCUCUAACUGAUGGCAUUAACACAGUCCUGUAUGUUAUCUAUAGGUUUUUAUUUCAUUUUGCAUUUUAGGGCAGAGUUCUUUUGGGCUAAUUAAAAUGGGGUUUGCAGGCUUUUCAUGGUGUAGAAUAAUAUAUCUCUGUCUAUAGCUUUCCUGUGGUAGCCUGAGAAGGCUGAGAGAGAAAAAUACGUGCAGUUUCUCAUCCUCCCUGUGCCAGGCCAUAGUUUUGAAGUAUAGUUUGUAAAUUCAACUAUAGGUUAGUGAGAGUGUUGUUUCUCGUUGAUUAACUUAGCCUGUGUGGAUAUCUCCUUCUUCCUGGUCACCUUCAAACCUUCCCAGAGCACAAAGAAGUAUGUAGAAAGGAUUCUAGAAUAAGUAAUACUUUAUUCUCCAAUAUGAAUAGCUUUUCUGGAUCUCUUAGUGGGGGGAAAGUAGAAAAUUGAGAAUUUGGCCUCAGGUCAAUAAAUGAUAUCAAAAUAUGUGUUCUUUGUAUAUAUAUGUAUGUUUCUCCAAAAAGUGAUAAAAGCAAAAUAUCACUGACUCAUCCUUACCAAUAUUCUUUUCAUAAAACCCAUUCCCCAGGUACAAUAGAAACUUCCUCCUUGUUUGUCAGCCUCCUGGUCAUGCUCCUCGCACACGUGAAGGUAGUAGAAUCUUUUCAGCCUCUUACCAGAGAGCUAAAUAUGGCUAAGUGCAGGUUAUAGAGCACUUAAGGUCAACAUAGAAGCCAACUGAAGUUCACUUUUCCAAACUUGGUCCUGUGGAUGUUGCGCAUAGGGAAGCAACUAUCAGCAUUUGGAUUAUUCAAGUGUAUGUGUUAAAAAUGCAAAUGCUUGCUGCUUUACCCUAGGGUUUUAUUAGCAUCCUACUUCUGCUGGGCUGCCAGACAGAUGGCGUCCAGAGGUCUCAUCACAUAAUGCCACAGGCAUCUGGUCCAGGUAAACAAGGCAGAAAGGGUAGGCAAGAAGCAAGAUAAAAUCAGAUCACCUUGGAUCAGAAUGGUGGGUGAACCUCCACAUGUCCAGUUCUGUUGCCAGACUUUCCACUCUGAGUAUUUGAUGGAGUUUGAAUUUGAGCAAACUGAAUGCCUUCAUCUUAGGUAGAAAGGGCCUGAAUCUUCCACUUUGUAUUCAAACCUCAUUGUUAUUUAGCCUAAGUAAAAAGUGAGAUUGCAUUUCCGUUUACCUGAGUUUGCUUUAAAGAGCUUUUCAAAGAGAGCUUUAUAGACAUCCACGAUUGACCCUAAUCUCUUCAUGAUUUUGCAUUAAUAGUUGUUUUGUCCCUUUCCUGGAAACAUUAAUGCCAAAGUUGCCUGAACAUUUGAGUGUUUUUCUUAAUUUGAAGUAUAAAAAUUAUAAAGAAUAAAAAAAAUUAUGAAGAAUAAUUCCAAAGGUAUUAAAAGAUUGUUUAUCAGUAUAUGUGGUGAUGUCAUUAUCUCCAGAGAGGCUUUUGAAAUAAAAAAAAAAAAAAAGGUUAAAUGUUUACAUUUCAUGUGCUAUUUGAGGUCUUCGGGUUCUGAUUAGCUUACUUUUUUUUCUUUUGCCUUUGGCUGAUUUCUGCUUUGUAGAUAAAUAAUAGCCCUGAAAUGUUUCUAACAUUCAAAUAAGAAAAAAAUCAAAUUGAAGUCAGCCUGCUGGAAAAGUGAUCACAUUGUACUUCCAGCAACUUGUAUGGAAAGAGAAAUUGCAGUGAGCCCCAGUUACUCCACUAGCCACUAGCAUACUGUCCAUGGAAGGAAUAAUCAUCAACAGUUCAAUCAUCACAAGCCACCCUUGAAGGAAACGCAGCAAAAUAUUCUUAAAUGAAGAUAUUGCAGCCCCCAGAGAUGGUAAAGUUUUCUUUUGGCAAAAUGAAAUUGUGCCAUUCUCAAAUCACCCCAUAGUGAUGAGCUGACUGGUUCACUGGCCUCAUUUUAGCUCUUCAUAGUUUGGGGCCAGAAAACUGGUUCAGGGGCCAGAAAAGGGCUCUGUGGUUUGCCUUUGUGUGUACUGUCCCCUCCCCACCUCUAGGGGGCACUCAGUAGCUGCUGAGAAGGCCCAUCCACGCUGCUGCUGGAACCCCUCUAAUUAAACACUUAGAUAUAGUGUUUACUGAUGCUUGUUUUCAUGAAGAAAACUGUAUUGGAGAACAUACAGCAUCAUGAAUAUUUUUAAUAGGCUCCACAGACACCCAAAGGAGAAGGCUAGUCUUUUCCAGGUAUUUUCAACUUGACUUCAACACAAAGCCUUUGAAAGGAAUGCAUUACCACAUGGCCACAUGCUAAGACCCCACAUAAGAAAGUAUCUGCAGCCAGAUAGUACAUGGUAUCUCCACAAAACUAGGCAUUCUGGAGAUUGCCCAGAAAGGGAUGGGAGGGGACAGUGUCUCUGUCUUGCUUAUCUCAUGCAUUCACACUCCUUUCAGCCUCCUGGAACUCCUGAUAAAAGGAAGCUGGGUAUUGACAUUUUUUAGCUAUUGAUUUCCCAAUAGCUUGUGGAUCAGUUGUAUAUCCACACUUCCUUCUCUGCCUAAUUCCGUUUUUCUGAAAAAAAAAAAAAAAAAAAAAAAGUGUAUCAUGCCCAUAUGUGUGUUUUCUUAACACAGGUUCGUGAAAGUUUGGCUUUGUAGUUUGGUGUCUGUUGUAUGGCCUAGAAACCACGGAGAAACAACUAUUGAGAUGGUUUCUGUGUUCAGUGAAAAAUUCUAUUUUGUUGAGACAUUUUUUUCUUUAUUAUCCACAGUAAUUUUUUAAAACUGUCAUCGUGAACCUACCCUUAAAAAAAUAAGAUUAGCUGCAAAAAAAGAAAUUAGCCAUGGAAUAGGAACAGUUAUGUGAUGAUUCUGGAACUUUAACUUAGAGCUUCAUUACUUUAAGAGUGGAAAACAACCUCUGAGCUUGAUUUCCCAAAGUUUCAUAAAGCCCCUAAGCUCAUGAUUUUCAUCAACUCUUUGCCCACAUAGUCAUUUACCUCCAUAGCCACUUGUCAUGGAAGGGGUGGUGAUGUUUGGAUUUGAUUUUUUUCAACUUGCAGUGAGAAAUAGGAUAGUUAACAAAACCUUACUUGUUUUUUUAAGACAAUUCAGUGCUUGAGCAUCUCUGUCAGAAAUGGAAUGAAAUACUGUUAGCCAAUUAGAAUUAUUUUGUGUAUUGUUAUUGUGUUUUACUGAUUUUUAUAUGAAAAUAUAAGUAUUCAUUCUUGAUUUCUGGAAGCAAUCAUUAUUAUGAGGAUCAUUUUACUUUGGAAACACUUUCAUAAUAAAGAUAAGUAUUAAGA